AUGGAACUCAAUGAAUCACAACCAGCACCGAUUACACAUCAGCGUAUUUCGAUCACCCCCGGAGGAACAAAAUAUUGGAUACCGGAUUGCGACAAUACAAUCAAACCUUAUCAUGGGCAAAGAUUCCGGGAGUUACAUGAAGCAGUGAGCUUCUACAAAAAUUAUGCUCGUACUGUUGGAUUCAAUGUGAGGAACAACACCUUGGUAAAGGCACGUGACAAGACGGUCCUUUGGAAAUACGUGGUGUGCUCGCGAGAGGGAUAUAAGCAUCACGCAAAGGUCGGUCCAAAGGUACAGGGUGCAGGACACGUGACGAGACGUAGGGUGUCCAACCGGGUCCCUUACCUCAUUCCCGCAGCUGAGAUCCAGAAACCCUCACCUCCCUCACCUCAAUUUCACACAUCAGAUUACGUGAGAAUCGAGCUCGAUAUAAUAGAAUUUUUUGAUCAAUCUUCGCGAAAAUCGAGUUCGGAUUUUCGGAUUCUUGUGUUUUGCGAAAAUCAGGCACCGAUUACACAUCAGCGUAUUUCGAUCACCCCCGGAGGAACAAAAUAUUGGAUACUGGAUUGCGACAAUACAAUCAAACCUUAUCAUGGGCAAAGAUUCCGGGAGUUACAUGAAGCAGUGAGCUUCUACAAAAAUUAUGCUCGUACUGUUGGAUUCAAUGUGAGGAACAACACCUUGGUAAAGGCACAUGACAAGACGGUCCUUUGGAAAUACGUGGUGUGCCCGCGAGAGGGAUAUAAGCAUCACGCAAAGGUCGGUCCAAAGGUACAGGGUGCAGAACACGUGACGAGACGUAGGGUGUCCAACCGGGCACAGGUGAAGUGA